AUUUUGUCGGUUUAAUGUUUACAUUUUGGUAUUUUACAACAUUGAACAUUCGUCAAACGUCAAUCGUUUUGUUUUAAAAACUAAACAAGUGUUUUAUAAACUUAUCCAAAAUGACGACUAUGCCAAUUAACCCCAAACCCUACUUAAACGGGUUAAUGGGGAAAACUAUUAUUGUCAAAUUGAAAUGGGGCCACGAGUAUAAAGGUUUCCUGGUGUCCACCGACAACUACAUGAACAUACAAUUGGCCAGCGCCACCGAGUUUGUGGACGGUUGUGAACCAGCUCUUCUCGGCGAAAUCAUGGUUCGGUGCAAUAACAUACUUUACAUUCGGUCGGUGGACGACGAAAAUGAAGACAUGGAAGCGGACAACCAAACCUAACCUUACCCAAGCAACAGCAUUUUUGUUUAUUACUUUAUAAGAUUUAGAAUUAAAAAAAAACUUUUUUUUUUCAUCAAGAAA